GAAAAGGAAGAGUUGAUUGAAGAGUGGCAACCAGAGCCGCUUGUUUCUCCUGUCUCUAAAGACCAUCCUGCUCUCAACUACAACAUUGUUUCAGGACCGCCGAGCCACGCCAUUGUGGUGAAUGGAAAAGAAUGUAUAAACUUUGCCUCAUUUAAUUUUCUUGGACUGUUGGAUAACCCUAGGGUUAAGGCAGCAGCUUUAGCUUCUCUAAAGAAGUAUGGCGUGGGGACUUGUGGACCUAGAGGAUUUUAUGGCACAUUUGAUGUUCAUUUGGAUUUGGAAGACCGCCUGGCAAAAUUUAUGAAGACAGAAGAAGCCAUUAUAUACUCAUAUGGGUUUGCCACCAUAGCUAGUGCUAUUCCUGCAUACUCUAAGAGAGGGGACAUCGUGUUUGUAGAUAAAGCUGCCUGCUUUGCUAUUCAGAAAGGAUUACAGGCAUCACGUAGUGACAUUAAGUUAUUUAAGCAUAAUGAUAUGGCUGACCUGGAGCGACUACUAAAAGAACAAGAGGUCGAAGAUCAAAAGAAUCCUCGCAAGGCUCGUGUAACUCGACGUUUCAUUGUAGUAGAAGGAUUGUAUAUGAAUACUGGAACUAUUUGUCCCCUUCCAGAAUUGGUUAAGUUAAAAUACAAGUACAAAGCAAGAAUCUUUCUGGAGGAAAGCCUUUCGUUUGGAGUCCUAGGGGAUCAUGGCCGAGGAGUCACUGAGCACUACGGAAUCAGCAUUGAUGAUAUCGAUCUUAUCAGUGCCAACAUGGAGAAUUCACUUGCUUCUGUUGGAGGUUUCUGCUGUGGCAGGUCUUUUGUAAUUGACCAUCAGCGACUCUCCGGCCAGGGAUACUGCUUUUCAGCUUCAUUACCUCCCCUGUUAGCUGCUGCUGCCAUUGAGGCCCUCAACAUCAUGGAAGAGAAUCCAGGUAUUUUUGCAGUGUUGAAGGAAAAGUGCAAACGGAUUCACAAAGCUUUACAAGGCAUUUCUGGAUUGAAGCUGGUGGGGGAGUCCUUCUCUCCAGCAUUUCACCUACAACUGGAAGACAGCACUGGGUCUCGAGAGAAAGAUGUUAAACUACUUCAAGAAAUUGUUAACCAAUGCAUGGACAGGAGCAUUGCAUUAACUCAGGCUCGCUACCUGGAGGAAGAAGAGAAGUGCCUCCCUCCUCCAAGCAUUAGGGUUGUGGUCACAGUGGAACAAACAGAAGAAGAACUGGAGAAAGCCGCAUCCGUCAUCAAGGAGGUGGCCCAAGAAGUCUUGCUGUAGCUGAGUCCCAGGACCCAGUGGCCUCCUGCUACCCAACAUGCUGAUGGCAGUUUUCAGAGACCUCCCACUGGCCAGGGAGUGACCUAAUGA